AUUGUAGGAUAGAUUUGAGUCAUGGCGGAUGUGAGAUAGGAAGUUUUCGUUUAUUCCGUGACUCAAGAGAUUUUUUACUUUCAUGCCAUACUGCAACAUUCAAAGAUGGAUUCUUUACAUUUAAUGUAUUCGUUUUUAUUUGUGAUUUUAAUUUUGUUUAAAGAUGUGUCUUCACUAACAAUAAGUGUUUCCCAGACUAUGGACAAGGCUAUCCUGGGAGAUAAUCCAUUUACAUUAUCUUGCACCUACACUUUAGGAUCACUUGAACAGUUUUUUUCUAUAGAGUUACAGAGAAAAAGAGAAUCUGAUACAGACUUUACAACCAUUGUGACUUUUCUAAAUCCUUCCAGUCCCCUAAAUGUGACUUACGCAGAAUCAUCUCUUGAGUCUAGGACAGUUGCUACUAAGCCAACUGAGGAAAGUAAAACUGCAACAUUUGUGUUCAAUACAAUUGAAUGUGAUGAUAAAGCGACAUAUAAAUGGAAAGCAUUUUAUUUUGAUGGUACCAACAAAAACGUUGAGAAGACUUCCACUUUUACAGUUAAAGUCAACACAUUAUUUGGGCAAGAGGAACAUCGAAGUCUUUCAUAUGUACCAAGUACCAACUUAGAAGAAGGGGAUGAUGUAGUGUUUACAUGUUCUGGAGAUGUCGGCAACGAACCUGUUGGACAUCUUGGCUGGUUCUAUUACCUUGGCAACGACACAUCUAAUGCGAUAAAUGCGUCAAGCAAAGCAACCUCCACCGCACCAGUGUACGUGUCAAGCACUUGUAGUUAUACACGGACCUCUACACUGCAGUUGAAAAUGGUUAAAGAAUUCAAUGACAUACUUGUGAGGUGCACUGUACAACAAGACAAGUAUGACCAACAUGGAGAUGGACAUGUGCAAACGGAAAAUAUUCCAGUGUAUUAUUCUCCGAAGAUUACUGCCAUAGAGGACCGUACUGUUGCCGAGGGCACAGAAUUGCUGACAUUGACUUGUAAGGCUGAUGCUUACCCAGCACCAUUUUAUUCCUGGUUGUUACCUAACGGGACAGUGACCGAUGGUCCAGGUUUAACACUCACAAGCUUGCAGAUGGGAGACAAUGGGACCUAUACCUGUGUUGUUUACAAUACAUUCAAGUCAAACAAUCACACUGUGAAUGAAACGGCUUACAUCGAUAUCAGAAAGACUACCACACCACCACCAACUACAACAACUACACCAUCAACAGGUUCUACUGGCGGAGGUGCGGAAACAACAAAAAAACCUGCUCCAGCUACGGGAGGUGAUGAUAAUAAAUCAACUAUAUACAUUGUCGUUGGUGUUGUUCUCGGUCUGCUCGUCAUUAUUGGUGUUGUUGUUAUUAUUCUGUGUGUGAAGAAGAGGAACAAACCAAAGGAAAUUGAAGAGCCUCCAGAGAAGCCAAGGAAUAAUCAAGAUUUGUCCUUCUAUGGUAACAGGCCCGACCUUGUAUCAGCUGACCAUGGCAUGAAGAACAAUAUGGGAAGUGCACUCAACUCAAGCUUUAAUAAUUCGUUCGACAGUUCCUCUGAUGUAAAGCCGCGGAAUGAGGACGGUUUGCUGUAUAUCGACCUACAGUUUGACGACAAGCCCCGAAGCAGGAGACCGAUUCAGAUUCUGGACAAUGGAAGCACGCCAUAUGCCGAUAUUGUGAAUCCAAGAGUAUAAGUUGUGAUCGAUUGUGUUCAAACGUUAAAAUGAAGUAUUUUAUCAAAACUGUACGUUGAGUGUUACAAGAAAGCAAUAAAAAGUGAUUCACUGGAAAAAUUUUCAUGAGUUUUAAGUGUGACGCCUUUUCCUUUUCAGAACUAUACUUAUGGUGUUUUAAGAUGAAGCUUUUAUUUGUCGUCUGAAAAUUUCAUACAUGCUUGUUUUAAGCAGAUUUGUCUUAAUGUCCUGAAUAUGGAGAACUGUGCUUGUACUGUCUAUUUAAGAACAUGAUAAACAGUGUAAGAGUUACAGAUAACCACGAUUUUAUUUAAACAGCCUUACACAGAUUCUGUAUGGACCAUGUAGCUGGAUUAACAGAUUAAAUAGUUAAACCUGACUGCCUUUUCAAAGGAACAGAGUUCACAGAAAAUCCACUUAUAGUACGGAUAUGUGUAAAUAAUCUUGAAUUCAUAAACAGAUAAUUAUGGUACAAAAAAUAGUGAUCCAUUUGUGAUUGUAUAGACACGUAUGUAUGCUGUGUGUAAUGAAGUACACAUGGUUGUGUGUAUCAAUGUACACAUGGAUGCAUGUAUCUGUGUGAAGGAACUGGGAAAGUAUUGUACAAAGCCUAUGUGAUAUGGACACAUGUAAAACAUUGUACAAAUGAAAACACGUAUAUAGCUCGUGUAAUAUAUCAAUAGAGGUGGCUUUCCUGUUAGACAAGACUGUUAAAUAUGUGAAUAAAUAAAAUUUCUGCAUGUGUUGUCUAUUUGUAAUUGCAAGAAAUUAUGUAACAAGACGUCAUUGUAAGUUGUGAAUGUUGUCAUGUAACAUUUACGUACGAAAAUGAAAUUUUACUUUGUAUAAGUUACAUUUUACAGCUGAAUUUUGCUUUCUAAAAUUUGAAAAGCCUACAUUUUGACAGACGCCAUUGUGAUUCCCAGUCUUUUGAAGGCAAGUGUAACUGCAUUAUGAAUGUAACACAUAAUGAGCCAUGCCAUGAGAAAACCAACAUAGUGGCUUUGCGACCAGCAUGGAUCCAGACCAGCCUGCGCAUCCAUGCAGUCUGGUCAGGAUCCAUGCUGCCGCUUUCAAAGCCUAUUGCAAUUAGAGAAACUGUUAGCGAACAGCUUGGAUCCUGACCAGACUGCGCGGAUGCGCAGGCUGGUCUGGAUCCAUGCUGGUCGCAAAGCCAGUAUGUUGGUUUUCUCAUGGCGUGGCUCAUAUCAUUGUGGACGAUGUAGUGCUAACUUUUGGUAGUUAGUGUAGCGUAUCUGAAACAGUUUCACUCAGGUUAAUCUUUUGAUCUUCUUGAAAUUUAUAUUUUCAUUACAGACAUCUUUUGUGUUUUAAAUUCUGUUAGUAUGUAGUGCAUUCUUAUGUUACAAGCAUGUGUCAUACACAUAUUUGUGUUCGAAUUUGUUUUUUUAGCAAGCAACAUGACUAGGUCUAAACUCUAUUCGUUUUCCAAUAUUUUAGGUAUUUUAAUUUCUAUUUUUGAAACAAGUUUUGGUUUUAGAUAUUUUGUUCACCAAUAAUUAUAUUUUUUACACUAGCAGAUAGUGACAGUUCAUCUUUGAUGAAAUAAACAUGUUAACUUAUACUCGAUAAUCAGACACAUUUCUGCACUGAUUCAGUUAAAGGUCUGUAUUCAUGAUUCAUAAGCAUUUAUUUGCCAUUUACACCGACUUUAAGAUAUAUUUUUUCAACAUUUUCAUAACAUUAUAAGAUGAUUAGUCAGAAACAAGGCUGUAAAGAUUAAACAGUUUGUUGAUUGUAUUUGCUAAGUUCCAUGUUUUCUCGGAGUGAGUUAAAAGCAAUGCCUUCCAAAUUUUAGUGAUAUAAGGUAGUGGAGCGGUAUGACAAAACUGUAAUUUCCAUUUGAUUACUGUAUUCUCUUAUUUGUUCCUCAAUUUCUUUACUUCAAAGUCUGUAUUUGAUGUUGGCAUUCUCGGGUUGUUAAGGAAGCGGUCGCCUAUAUGGCCUGAAUUUGCAGCAGAAGAAGGCUGAACUAGGAGAGGAGAAUAUGAAAUGGCACAGAAAUUGCUGAUUAUCAUUACAGGUCUACUACCUUAAGGAAUGGUUUAACCUUUACCCUGCUAAAUUACUAUAAUGGACUGGUCCAUCAUUCAAUUUAGGCAGAACCAUUUAUUAUUCAAAGGGGUGUUUACUGAAAAUUUACUGACUGAAUAGCGAACAGUGCAGACCAUAAUCAGACUGGUCGCAGAGGUGUUUUUUGGAGAAUAAUGCAUUCCAUUUGAAAAUCAUAAUUGCUAUGUCUAAAGAUACAGAUCUGUUAGAAAUAAAAAAACAAUGAAAAAUGAUACAAAUUAUUUAAAGGUCAAAAGUUGGAGUGAACGAUUGGUGGAAAAUAAUUAGCAGAAUUUUAGAAACUAAAAAUCCAGUCAUUUUGGUAUCAUGAAAAAGGGCAGUGUGUGACAACAUUACUACAGUCAUUCUUGUCCCAUUAAAAUACAGAUCUCAAGUUUCAUUACAAUACUUGCAUUUGAAGGAUUAGGAAAAAAAGACAAACUUGUCAUUCUAAACAAACCCAUUUGCAGUUGACUUUGAUUAUCAAAUUAACAUUUCCCAAGUAAUUUUGAAAAUUUUCAUUAUGGUUUUAUAAAUGAUUACUAUUAAAGCAAUAAUAUCCAUGGUAUGGAUUUAGUGGUUGCAUUAAUCCUCACAGAUGAAUCCCAAAUAACAAAUCAAUUUUCCAUUUAUUUCAUGUUCAAAAGUUGAAAUCCAUGAAAAAGUCAUAUUGCCCCAAAACUAUGAAAUUCAGUGCAUACAAAAACAACAACAGUCAUCUAAUAUUAUAUCAGUUCACAUAUUCCUAUGUUGUUAGUGCUUUGAAAUCUGCUGGUCUACGCAAUGAAAAAGACUUGAUUUAUUCAGUUUGAUUAAUUCAGAUGGAUUAAUAAAAUUGAUUAAUUAAGGAUUAAUUCCGAUGGAUUUAUUUGAAUUGAUUAAUCCAGACUGAUUGAUUCGGAUUAAUUAAAUCAAAUUGAUAAAUUCAGAUGGAUUAAUUCAGAUUGAUUCAUUCCAGUUGAUAUAUUUAGAUUGAUCUAUUGAAAUUAAUCAAAUCAGAAUGAUUAAUUCCGAUUAAUUAAUUCAAAUUGAUUCAUUCCAAUUGAUUAAUUUAGAUUGAUCUGUUGAAGUUAAUCAAAUCAGAAUGAUUAAUUCAGAUUAAUUAAUUCAGAUUGAUCAUAGUUUAAAUGUAUGAAUGUAUGCCUGCCAGUGCUAUUACGAAUAGAUGUAAAGUACAAAAUAAGUGUCUUUACAGGAAACAGCAUUUGUUUAAAGAGCUCUAAAUUGCAGUUCAUAAACUGCUGCAUUGAUCUGUUAUUUUACAAAGUCUGCCAGCAGAACAACACUUUACGUUUUCAUAAUUUAUUAGCUUUUUGUUGCAAGACGAAACCAAGGGAUAGGGAUGCUAUUUUUGUUUGAAUCAUUAAUGAAGAGGUUUCCAGGAACAGGCUUUUUUUGAAGGUGUGAAUUGAAUAAAUGUUUUAGUAUGAAAGCUACUUUUGAUUGCGCCUUUUUGCACUGUUUAUAUCAGCAUUUGAUUCAUGUUUGACUGAAAACCAUUCAUUCAUUUUUUUUUUAUAAAAUCAUUUUACUUCGAUGAAGGUUGUUUGAAAUUUAUACAUAUCAAAAGUGAUGCUGUGCAUAUUUUUGUGACAGAUUUUAUCCUAAAGUGGGACCAUUUUAAAUUGUUAAGGUGUUACCGAAAUAGACCUUUUUUAUACGCCUGUUUUGCAAAAACCAGGACAUACGAGCCGCGCCAUGAGAAAACCAACAUAGUGGUUUUGCGACCAGCAUGGAUCCAGACCAGCCUGCCCAUGCACGCAGUCUGGUCAAGAUCCAUGCUGUUCGCUCAAAGCCUUUUACAAUUAGAGAAACUGUUAGUGAACAGCAUGGAUCAUGACCAGACUGUGCGGAUGUGCAGGCUGGUCUGGAUCCAUGCUGGUCACAAAGCCACUAUGUUGGUUUUCUCAUGGCGCGGCUCAAUUAUUAUGUUUCAUAUCAGUUGUUAUGAUAUUACAUGUAUUACAUGUCAAGAAAGUAUAUUUUUUUAUGAAAAUUUUUUUGUGAUUAGACUGACAAAUUGAUUUUAUGUUUUAUUAAUUAAUAGCUAGGUAAUUUAGCUAGGUUAGUUAUUUAUGAUUUCCACAAUGAACCUUAAGCACAUGGUCAGUUGUCAAGGAACAACAUAGUUUUAUUUCAAAUGGUAGAAAACUAACAGUUUUUAAUAGCAUUACCUGCAUCAUAAAGAAACGUUAUUGUAUUUCACUGGUUUAUCUCUUUUAUUUGAUGUAUAUACCUAAAGCUCUUCAGUUGGUUUCAAUAUUGAAUAUAUAAAUUGGUAGUGUAUUGUUUCAAAAAAUCCCAUAAUUUGUUGCCGUAUAAUUGUUUUCUGUACCCUUACCUUCAUUUUAAAACCGUUUUAACACCUGAGGUCUAAUGAGGUUAGACACUGCCAUCGGUUUUUGCUGAUUACAUUUCUCAGUACAUUAAUCAGUGUAAUAAAGGCACCUUUUUGCACGAAAUGUAUAACAUUUACUCAUAUGCGUAGAGACAGUAGGGCAAGGAGGAGGUUGGUUAUGUAAUUUCGGGUGUAUUAUAAAGGCAUUUUAUGUCUUCAUGUAAAUACCACAGUUACACGGUCAUUGUAUAUUUUGUACAGCUCAAGAAACAUUGUACAGCAUUGAGAAAUUCACUCUUUAUUAGAACAGCUCUGAUGGUGUGAAAAUUUCCAGGGGAGAUCACUCCUUUUGCACAAAGAAAUUCAAGACAUUGAACAAGGUGAUUUAUCUUCUAACUAUUCUGCUUUUCUGUUUUGUAAAGUCUUUUUGAAAGAUAUUAUGUCUCUAUUUUUUGUGUAUUUUCCACUAUAAAUCUAGUCUUUUACAUUUUCUGUUUUCAGUUAAAAGUUUCAUAAAUUCUGUAAUAGGAAUUUUGUAAAGAAAGUUUAUUAUCUUCAUAACACAGAGAACUAUGAUAUUUAAAACAAAAGGCAUAUUCUCUAUGUAGAAAUUAUUAUGGAUUACACACAUCCACAUAAAAGCCAGGUAUAGUGUUCUCAUUUAAAAAAGUUAAUUUGGUUAUUUUUGUCACAUUACAAAGUCUCUGGUGUAUGAAUUGGUACCAGCCUACAUUUUUACAUAGGUGCAUGCACUAUACAGUAGACUUUUCAUUGGUUCUAUGAAUAGUAACUUGACAUAGUUUGGGAAAAACUUGGUUUUUAGAAGGUAUAAAUUUUAUUGCGUAUUUCUAUAAAGAAUAGGUUUUUGCAAUUUUUUUUCAAUUAUUUUAUGCAGUAGAAUGUGCAACUGAUUGUUGCAUUUUUUCAUUUGAUAGAGCCUUUAUGUUUUAUUUCCUUUUAAAUAUUGAAUAACCUCUGAUUCAAUAUUUUAUGUAUAGAUGGUGUACCUUAAAUAAACAUGAAAUGUGCUCUUAGAUUCAAAAUUCAUUUUGUAUAUAUAUAUAUGCAUUUAAGUACAUGUACAAUGUGUAUAUUCUUUCCUUGAAAUAAUGAUAAUAGAAACUAUUAAAUAUUUUAAUAAUCA